UGAGAGACACAGAAAGAGAGUGAGAGCAUUAUCAAAAACUAGCCUGAAUUUCAAGUUCAUAUUUUUUUUUUUUGUUAAACUACAUUGAUCACUUUCCAUUGUCGAUUUGAACAAUUAUGAUCGUAAAUUCAAUUGUUAAAGCAUCCAUGUUUCGCCAAAAUUAUUCCUCGAUCGUUUCUGCUGGAUGCAAAAUGAGUUCACAACUGAAACCAGUUGAAAAUGCCAUUCGCGAUGGUCUCACCGAUAAACUGGAUCCUGUACAUUUGGAAUUAGUUAACGAAUCCUAUAUGCACAAUGUCCCGAAAGGAGCUGAAACUCAUUUCAAAGUGUUGGUAGUGUCGGCAAAAUUUGAAGGACUACCUCUCAUUAAGAGACACAGAUUAGUAAACGAAAUCGUCAAGGAAAAACUGGAAGGAGAUUUCGUCCAUGCUCUAUCAAUUGAGGCGAAAACUCCAAUGCAAUGGAAUGAAACAUAUAAAAUGGAACCUAGUCCAAACUGUCGUGGUGGGUUUGGUAAAUGAAUGAUUAUGAAUUGUAGAUAUUAAAAUAAAUAGAGUAAACAAUUUAUUAUUUGA